AAUCCACACCGUAUGAAAGGGUAGUACCUUUUACAGAGGAACCGGACCCUCCAUUUUCAUACCAACGAGAACAUCUUUGAGGAGGCCGCCGUCCUCCAUACUCCUCACUUCACCGUCGCCGGAGCCCAAGCCACCUCCACCUUCAAGCUCCGUCGCCGCCCUUUUUCACAGCCCACCCUCAGGUAGAAUGGCUGAGGAAGAACAAGAAAUUAAAAGGACAUCUCAUUCAGAGGAAGGAGAGUCUGAAGGCAAUGAUGAAAAGGGGAGAAUUCGGAAAAAUAAACUAAAGAAGCGGCUGUUGAAGGAAGCUUCUAAGGCUGAUAAGCGUGGGGUUUGCUACUUGAGUCGGAUUCCCCCUCACAUGGAUCAUGUGAAGCUUCGUCAUAUACUUUCCCAGUAUGGAGAAAUCCAAAGGAUUUAUCUUGCUCCAGAAGACCCUGCAACUCAAGUACAUCGCAAACGGGCUGGUGGGUUUCGAGGACAAGUAUUUUCAGAAGGGUGGGUUGAAUUUACCAAGAAAACUGUUGCUAAGAGGGUGGCCAAGAUGUUAAAUGGUGAACAAAUAGGUGGGAGGAAGAGAUCAUCAUUCUAUUAUGACCUUUGGAAUAUCAAGUACUUGAGCAAAUUCAAGUGGGACGAUCUUACAGAAGAGAUUGCUUACAAGAAUGCCAUUCGAGAGCAGAAACUAGCUUUGGAACUUUCUGCUGCUAAGCGGGAGCGUGACUUCUACCUCUCUAAAGUUGACAAGUCUCGUGCCUUGAGUUCUAUAGAAGAACGACUAAAGAAGAAGCAAAAGGUCCAACAAGAUGCAGGAACAAACACUGAGGCCCCUGCUAAUGAUCAAGGACCAAAGGUGAUCCGCCAAUUCCCCCAGAAACCACCACUUGCAGAUAAAGCAGCAGAAAGCAAGCCGAGACUCUCCAAAGACAUCCUAGCAGGGGUGAGUAAGAUCUCGCUUAUGCACAUAUCCAUAUGUCAUAAUUCAUCAUUAUCCUUUUCCUUACAUGGUAGCAUCCUUCCCAGGUGUUUGGGGGUUCGUCAUGAUACAGUUUUAAAGCGGCUAGUGGACUUGGACCUCAUUUACCAGCUUCUAAGGCAAGUCAUGAGUACAAAAAUGUAGGGUUCAUGUGCUGCUUGUUUGAAGGCAAGAGUUGCCAAUGUCCCGAUCCUUCUCAAUUUUGUCAAUCUUCUACAAUAGAAACCAUGUGAAUGAUACUACUUUCCAUUGUACCCUUCCAAAGUUUAUUUAGGCGUUUUUUUAUUAUUA